UCAAAUGAUGAUGAUAAUCAUGGAUGGUUAUUCUUAUUAUUAUUGCUUAUAUAUAAUGAUAGUUUAUGAUAGUAAUAACAUAUGAUUAUGUUUUAUUCAUUAUAUAAUAUUAUGUUAUUUGGUUAAUCCGAUUAUCCAAUUAAAUUUUGGUUUGGUUAAUUUGGUUUUCGUGUUAAUUUGGAUGAUUUGGUUAAGACAUUUUAUUUCAUGGUUAAUGAAAUUUAGGAUUGAUGAAAAAUAUAUAGUUAAUGAUUUUUCUUAGGACUAUCAGUAAUUUUCAGGAUAACAAAACAAAUAAGAAACCUUUGAAAACCUUCCCUUCCCUCGACGCACGUCAACAGGAAACCUGUCGCGCUGUGGGCGCGCCUUCGGAUCCACUAAAAUGACCGCCUCGUCGCUUUAUUCCCUCCUUUUAGACUGACGGGAUCUCCCUUCCGCUGAACAGAAGAAGACGACGACGAAGAAGAAGAAGCAGCAGCAGAACCGUACUGAAGAAAAUCCAGCACUUCCGCGAGUCAGCUGAGUCAUCAUCAGCUCUCUGCGCCGGCCCGUUCUACGCUUCGCCCGACGGAAAGCCACGAGGCACGAGCCGCCUCCUGCGAUGGUGAAGAAGAACGUGCCGGAUUGGCUCAAUAGCUCUCUCUGGUCCACUUCUCCUUCCUCUUCUUCCUCCGACGAUCCCUCCCAACCUUACUCUCCUUCCUCCAAGCCGGCCGUUUCCCCCAGGAAGAUAGCGAGUGAUCCUAAUUUUGAGCCUCCGGUUCCCGUCCGGCCUCCGACGGUCACGAGAGAAGAACAACCACCUCCUCCUCCUCCCCGUUCUCAGAAACCGGAGAUCAAAGAUAAGAAUUCCCGGACUAGUAUUUCUAGUAACGCGAAUAGCAGUAGCAAUAGCAGUAUCGACAAGGAUGAAGAUCGCGAUGGCGAGAAUGGCGCCUCUCCUGCUAGCCCUUCCGCGGAGGAUAUCACGAAGCAGGCUCAGUUAUUGACCGAGUUGUCGAAGAAGGUAGUGAAUGUGAAAGAAUUGAGGAAGAUUGCUUCACAGGGCUUGCCUGAUGGUGCUGGCAUCCGUUCUACAGUUUGGAAGCUUUUGUUGGGAUAUUUGCCUCCUGAGCGUUCGCACUGGUCAUCUGAAUUGGCUAAGAAGAGGUCCCAAUACAAGAACUUCAAAGAUGAGCUUCUGAUGAAUCCUUCAGAAAUCACAAGGAAGUUGGAGAAGUCUGCCAUUGAUGAUGAGCCGAAGUCCGAAAGUCGUUGUGUGCUAUCUCGAUCAGAGAUAACUCAUGAUGAACAUCCUUUGAGCCUUGGGAAAACCAGUAUUUGGAAUCAGUUCUUCCAGGACUCUGAGAUUAUAGAGCAGAUUGACCGUGAUGUGAAACGUACUCAUCCUGAUUUGCACUUCUUCUCUGGAGAUUCAUCUUUUGCAAAUUCUAAUCAGGAAGCUUUGAAAAGCAUAUUAAUUGUAUUUGCUAAAUUAAAUCCUGGCAUCAGAUAUGUUCAAGGGAUGAAUGAGAUUUUGGCUCCUUUAUACUACGUAUUCAAAAGUGAUCCUGAUGAGGAAAUGGCAGUGAGUGCAUUAUUGUAUUUUCCAACUUUUUUGGAUUGUGCUUAAGAUGUCCUUGCAUUAUCUACUUCAUGUUUUCCCAUGGUUGGUUUGUUAUUCCCACAGGAAGUGUUAUUGAAAGUUUCAAAAGAUUUGAAGUUGUUGAAGCCUUUAAAAAAUCUACAGCCUGUAGUAGUUUACAAUGUCACUUCACCUGUCUUCUAUGGCUCAGCAACAUACUAGAACAAGCUACUCUGACUUUGCAAAGUAAUUGACUGAUGAUUCUUCCUGUUGACAUUGUGCAGGCCUGUGCUGAAGCAGACACAUUCUUUUGUUUCGUUGAGUUAUUAAGUGGAUUUCGUGACCAUUUCUGCCAGCAGUUGGACAAUAGUGUCGUGGGAAUCCGUUCAACAAUUACAAAGCUAUCCCAGCUUUUAAAGGAACAUGAUGAAGAACUCUGGCGUCACCUCGAGAUCACAACCAAGGUGAACCCGCAGUUUUAUGCAUUCAGGUGGAUCACCCUCCUGUUGACACAGGAAUUCAACUUCGCAGAUAGUCUUCAUAUCUGGGACACCCUUCUAAGUGAUCCCGAAGGCCCUCAGGAGACUUUACUUCGGAUAUGCUGUGCGAUGCUAAUUCUGAUAAGAAGGCGGCUCCUUGCUGGGGAUUUCACCUCCAUUCUCAAGCUUCUGCAACACUACCCACCCACAAACAUCAGACAUUUGCUUUAUGUUGCAAACAAAUUGCGUCCUGUACCCACUUGCUAAUCCCCGUCAAUCUGGUUUUCCUUCGUUUGUGUUUUGUUUCCUCUUCUUGGUGUGGUCUCGGUGUAAAUUAGCAACUAACGGACACACUCUCCUCCAGCUUAUAUGUGAUAGUGAGAUUAGUUCCUUUUUUUAUUGGUCACUGAAAUGUUGUGUAAACCCAUUUGUAUGUACCUAAACGCCUCUGGUUUUGUCGUGAUUGAAUAGCAUCGCACUGACGGCUGUUUUAUUAUGACAUUUUCAUGCUCUUCUGCUGAA